AUGGAGAUGCCGCCGGCGGCGCAGGGACGACGCGCGAGCACCGUGGUGGAGCGGAAGCUCGACGAGCUCUGCGCCUGCCUCGACGACGCGCUGUCGUCCAGGCAGCGGGGCCCCGGCGCGGAGGCGCGGCUCGCCGCGGAGAUCAAGGCGAAGACCGACUUCCUCCGGUCGCUCCUGGCCGCCGAGGCGGAGUGCCACGGCGGCGCGCGCCCGGAGCACCUGGCCGAGGCCGAGGCGCGCUUCGCCGUCCUCGAGGCCACGUUCGACCAGUGGGCGCGGCGCGCCGUGGCUGCACCUGAACCAGAGGAGAAGGAGGUGGGCGAGCCUGAGGAGGAAGCGGAUUACUCCGAAUCCUCGGGGUCCACGUGCUCGUGCACCGAUUCUUGCCAGGAGGCGGCGCCCGGCGACGCCGUUGAAGCGCGCAAGGAGGUGACGGCCGAUGGCAUUGCCAUUGCCGGCAAGGGCCAUGACGCCGAGCGCGAGGACGCCGGAACACGCGGCGAGGCGGCGUCCGAUGCCGUCGCCGCCAGGAAGCGCGAGGCCAUGGGAACGCGCGACUACGCGACGCCAAAGGGUGGCGUUGGCAAGAAGCGUGACGCCGACCUGGAGGCCCUGGCGGAAACAGGGAGGAGGACCGUCGUCCAGCGGCGUUGGUGGAGGCGCGGCGCUGCUUGGUGCGGUGCCGCCGGCGUGGUCGCGCUCGUCGCCGUCGGCGUGGCGGUGGAGCUGGCCGCGGUGGCCCAUCACAAUGUAAACGUCUACGUUGUGCCGACGUAGGAUGGUGCUAGUCUACUAGAUCAUGGAAGCUUUACAAUGCGUCAAUGCCGUUGUUCUCUAGCGUCCUGGUAAUUUGCGACAAAACUUGCUCUGAUGGGCUAGCCGGAUUGUAGUCACAUUUCUGCUUGGUUCGUAUCGAU